CAUCACAUUCUGUGUUAUUGCCAUGUUAACUCCACAUGCAGCUUGAGCAUUCAGUCUUCUGACCUGUUCCACCUAUACAGGGCAUUUUAUGGCUUAAGGAUGACGGCCUAGAAGGGAAGGGAGAGACUUACUUUGGAUUAAAUUUACAAUGGGAAAGUGCUUAAGCUGCUGCAAAGAGGACCAGAGCUUCCAACGAUGUUCUCCGGAAGAUCAAGUUAGUACAGAUGCCCAGCAUCGUGGAGCCUCUUCUAUUUCACAACCAAGUAUAUAUCUUGGUCAUAAAACAUCUUAUUCCCCUGUAACACGUAAAGUCAGUUCAGCCAAAGCAAGCAGAAGGUUAUUAUCUGUAUCAAGUCCAUCUUUCUCUGAAAGAAGAUGUUCUUUAUUUGUUGGAUUUCAAAAAAGAAAUGCUUUCCCUUACUGGCAACAAAGUAGAGCUAACUUUGAUUCUGAAGAAGACACAAGCUUCACUGAUUUAAAAUCUUCCUCAGACCAUUUUGGUAGCUUUAUGUCCCGCAGAAGACGUUUCUCGUCCCGUAAACUAAGUAUAGUUUCCUAUUACAAGAGUGCCAUUUUUUUUGAUCCUCAAGCAAGUGGCCAGAAUGUGUUUAAUCUAAGUGAAAUCAAAAUCUUUUCUAAAACUUCAAGUAAUACUGAUGCUAAAAAACAUAUAACCAUCUCUGCUCCUGAAUAUAACACUAAAAAUUUUAAGAAUUUUGAAACAAACACUUCUCCAGCCUUUGGGAACACUAUUGAUACAGCCUCCUAUCAACAAAGCACAUCAUCCUUCUUUUCUCUUGCAAGUGAUAUUUCCUCUCCCAAUCAACAAAAUGGAAUUGCCACUGAUAUUCAACAAAGGGGCCAAUUAUGUAAAGAUUUAAAAGAUUUCCUUCAUCCUGGUCCUGAAAGUUACAGCACAGAUCAUUCUCCAAUCAUGAUUCCACAGCAUCCCUCUCAAAGUGGAACUUUCCCAUUCCUCCAUAAAGCUGGAUUUUCUUCAUCUUAUAAAAAUUCUGGUUGCUUUAUCCCACCUCAAAGCGAAUUAACUUCAGGCCCGUUUGAAGAUGAAGACUUUGCUGUCUUGUUUCAAGAUGAAGACAGAUCUUCACCUAUUGAAAUUCCUAAAAUAAGGUAUAUUACAGCUAAUACUGACACAGAAGAACAGAGUUUUCCAGUCCCUAAGGCAUUUAACACACAUGUAGAGGAGUUAAAUUUAGAUGUUCUUCUUCAGAAGGUAGAUCAUUUACGUAUGAGUGAGUCUGGCAAGUCGGAGAGUUUUGAACUACUUUGUGACCACAAAGAAAAGUUUAGAGAUGAAAUAGAGUUUAUGUGGCGAUUUGCCCGUGCUUAUGGAGACAUGUAUGAACUAUCUACAAACACACAAGAAAAGAAACAUUAUGCUAAUAUUGGAAAAACUUUAAGUGAAAGAGCUAUUAAUAGAGCACCCAUGAAUGGAUAUUGUCAUCUGUGGUAUGCAGUUUUGUGUGGCUAUGUAUCUGAGUUUGAGGGUUUACAAAACAAAAUCAACUAUGGGCACCUCUUCAAGGAACAUCUAGAUAUAGCAAUCAAACUUUUACCAGAGGAACCCUUUUUAUAUUACCUCAAAGGGAGAUACUGCUAUACUGUCUCAAAACUGAGCUGGAUUGAGAAAAAAAUGGCUGCUACUCUGUUUGGAAAAAUACCAUCUUCAACUGUACAAGAAGCUUUACACAAUUUCCUUAAGGCUGAAGAACUAUGCCCUGGUUAUUCUAAUCCCAAUUACAUGUACUUAGCAAAGUGUUAUACUGAUCUUGAGGAAAACCAGAAUGCUUUGAAGUUCUGUAAUUUGGCAUUAUUGCUUCCUGCUGUUACCAAAGAGGAUAAAGAGGCACAGAAAGAGAUGCAAAAAAUAAUGACUUCCUUGAAGAGCUUUCACUCGCGUCCAUGUGAAGAGACCACCAAACAGGCUUUGUGUGAGCAACAAGGCUAUUUCACCUGGGUGCAGGCGGACUGAGUCUGAAAAGAGAGUCAGCAAAGGAAGGAUUAUAUGUAGAACAUUACGCUUACUCCAGGGAAUUUCAUGCAAAGUGAGCCAUGGGGACACUGGUUUUCUACGGUUACUUCACUCACCACUUAUGCUGCUUGACCUCAGAGAAGACAGAAUAGCUGCAGAGUGUUCCUGAAAUGAGGAUUGUUCCUGCUGGAUCACGAAGUCCAAGCUGAUGGUACACCUGCCACUCACAGGUGAAGUACCCGAACUGCUAAUUUCUCAAGAGACUUCGUGUUACAACUUUGGAAAGGGGGAGUUCUGACCCAAACUUUGAAUAUGUUUGAUUUCAGAAGAUAAGAAUCAAACUGUAUGUUGCAAUUUCUCAUAAAACAUUAAAGGGGUAACUUAGUGGUCCACGAAAAUUUUAGUGAUGUCCAUGUAAUUGCGAUGUUAUCUUACUAAAUAACAAAUGGCCUUCAUUGUAACAUGAAAAUCCAUGCCACUUCUCAUUUGUGCCUAAAAGUUAUCAAAAGGCUUUCAUUUGAUAAUAUUUUUAUACUGUUGGAUUUCAAAAAGCAGUGGUACAAGCCGAAUGGAGUUAGCUUUUAUACUAAACUUCUCAUUUUACCAAUAAACAGUUUAAGCAUUGAUGUGUAAGUAACAGGGUCGGGGUCAGACAACUGUAGUGACCAAGCCAGGACUGAGUUCCGGCCCUUGGAAUCUCACUUCUGCUUUCUUUGAGCCCGGGGCUGUUUAUGUUUAAUUGAUUGGAGUCCAGUGUGUCUGAUGUAGAAUGGGGGCUCUAAGAAUGGUAACACUUACCUGAUAAUUACCUAUUCCAAGUGUUUUUCCUAUAUUAACAAUUUUAAACCUCACAGCAAUCUAUGAGGAAGAAACAUUUGAUAUUACCCCAUUUAAGAUAGGGGAGCUAAAGCACAGGAUAUUACCAUGCCUAACACCAUGAACAAAAGAUUUGGAGUUGGGCAGACUGCUCCAGAAUCCAUGCUGUGGUCAGCCACUGUACAAUCCUGCCAGCAACUGGGAGAAUUGAGAUGUGGGAAGUGAAAGAAAGUGGGAAAGACGGAAGGUAAAAAAGGAAAAAAGGGAAAGGAAAAAAGAAUUUUUAAAAGUAGAGGGCAGUAAAGAAAGAAGGAAAACAAAGCUAGAAAAUGUGAAGAAAAAUCUUAUAUUUGUAUUUUGAAUAUUGAUAGACAUUUUCUAGUUUUGCAUCAUAAAUUCCCAACAACGUAUCUUGUAUCUUUUAUUUUUUUCAUAUACUUGCCUUUUCCUUCCCCUCCUCCACAAGGUAAGGUAGUGAAGCCUGUUUUUAAUGACUUGAUCUACUUGAACUGAGUGUGUUGAGAAAUGUUUGGUUAUGGACUUUGUGGCCUGUUGAUUGGGGAAUUAACAUGAAUAGUUGAUUUCACAAAGACAAGAUACAUUUUAGAACCAGGUAAGGUUAAUACUUGAAGUACUGUGAUUUUGAAUCCCCUCAACCUAUGUUUUGCUUUAGAUACUUGAAGCCAAAUCAUAAGGUUGGGUUUUAAAAAAUAUUGAGAUGCAAUUGACAUACAAAAAAACUGCAUGUAUUUAAAGUGUACAAUUUAAUAAAUUUUGACGUGUACACCCACGAAACCAUGACCACAGUUAAGGUAACAAACAUUUUCAUCACUUCAAAUGUUUCUUCAUUCCCCUUGGUAAUCUCUCCCUCUUGCGUCUCUCUCUGCACCCCCAUUCCAAAUAACCACUGAUCUGCUUUCUGUCAUUAUAGAUUACAUUUUCUAGUAUUUUAUAUAAGUAGAAUUAUGUGUUAUAUACCCUUUUGUCUGACUUCUUUCCCUCAGCAUAAUUAUUUUGGGAUUCAUCCAUGUAGUAACAUGUACUAAUAGUUCAUUUCUUUUCAUUUCUGAGUAGUAUUUUAUAACAGAAAUAUACCAUAGUUUGCUUCUCCACUCAUCUAUUGAUAGACAUUUGGCCUGUUUCCAGUAUUUGAUUAUAACAAACAAAUCAUCUGUGAAAAUUCAUAUAAAUGUCUUUGAAUGUACAUAUACUUUCAUUUCCCUUGGAUAAAUACCCAGGAGUAGGAAGUAUGGUAGAUGUAUAUCUACCAUUAUAAAAAAUGGUCAAACUGUUUUCCAAAGUGGUUUUACCAUUUUACAUUCUCAGCAACAGUGUCUGAGAGUUCUGCUUGCUUGACUUUCUUAACAACACUUGGUAAGGUCAGUCUUUUUAAUUUUAGCUACUGCACUAGGCAUGUGGUAUAUCUGACAGGGGGUUUAAUUUGUAUUUCUCUAAUGACAAAUGAUGUUGAGCAUUUUUUGGUGCAUUUAUUUGUCAUCUGUAUAUCUUUUUUGGUGAAGUAUCUAUUCACAUAUUUUGCCCAUUAUUUAAGUUGAGACAUUUUGGGUUUUGUAUAUAGUUUGAAGUAUGGCUUGAACUUCAUUUGUUAUGUUAUUUGGAUAUCUAAUUAUUUCAGCAUUUACGUUUACAAACUUGCAAUCUAUCUAAUACUCUAUAACAUAUCUAAUGAAGUUUUGCCUCCAAAUCUGUUGAAAAGACUAUUGUUUCUCCAUAGACUUGCCUUUGUACCUUUCUCAAAAUCAGCUUUCCAUAUAUGCAUGGGUCUGUUUCUGGGCUAUUUUGUUCCACUGAUCUCUUUAUUGAUCUCAACACCAAUACCACACCAUGUUGAUUAAUGUAGUUUUAUAGAUUUGAAACCAGGUAGUGUUACUCCUCCAACUUUGUUUUUGUUUUGUUUUGACUGCUCUAGGUUAUUUGCAUUUCCAUAUGAAUUUUAGAAUUAGUUUUUUAAAUUUCCAUCAAGAAAAAAGUGGCUGUGAUUUUUGAUUGCGAUUACAUUGAUCAAUUUCAAUUGACGUCACUUUUAAGUCUUUCAACCCAUGAAUAUAGUAUACCUCUUAAUUUAUUUAGGUCUUUAGUUCCUUUCAGCAAUAUUUUGCAGUUUUCAAUAUACAGGUCUUUCACAUUUUUGUCAAACUUAUUCCUAAGUAUUUCAUAUUUUGGUGAUAUUAUAUAUUAUAUUUUCAAUUUCUGAUUUUUUAUUGUAUAUAGAAAUGCAAUUGUGUACACUGAUCUUGCAUCCUGCGGCCUCUUUAAACUCACUUAUUAUUUCUGGUAGCGUUUUUAUAGAUUCCAUUAGAUUUUCUACUACUGUGAUUGUAUCAGUUGUGAAUAAAGACAGUUUUACUUCUUUCUUUCUAAUCUGAAGGUUUUGUUUUGUUUUUGCCUUGUUGUACAGGCUAGAAUUUUCAAUACACCAUUGAAUAGAAGAGGGCAAACGUUCUUAUUUUAUUUCUGAUCUGAGGGGAAAGCAUGCCAUUUUUUACCAUUGAUCACAAUGUUACCUGUAGGUUUUUUUGGAGAUACCCUUUUUCUGGUUGAGAAGCUCUCUUUUGUUCUUAUUUUGCUGAGUUUUUUUUAUGGAAUUAAUACUGAAUUUUGUCAAACUUGUGUUCAUUGAGAUGAUCAUAUGGUUUUACUGUUUUAGUUUAUAUGAUGAAUUAUAUUUGAUUGAAUUUUAAAAUAUUAAGACAGCCUUGCAUUCCUGGGAUAAAAUUAACUUAGUCCUAAUGUAUUAUUCUUUUUAUUGUAUCAGUGGAUUUGCUAAAAUUUUAUUUUAAAUUUUUGCAUGAAUAUUUACAAUGGAUAUUGGUUUGUAGUUUUCUUGUAAAGUCUUUUUCUGGUUUUGGUAUCAGAGUAAUCCUGGCUUCAGAGAAUGAGUUGAAAAGUACCCCCGCUUCUUCAUUUUCCUUGAAAACUUUAUGUAGAAUUGAUAUCGUUUCUCCCUUAAAUAUUUAGUGGAAUUCACUUGUGAACCCAUCUGAACCUGGAGUUUUCUUUGUUGGGGGAAGUUUUCAAGUACAAUUUCAACUUCAGUUCUUUUAAGAGAUACAGGGCUAUUUAGAUUAUCUUUCUUCUGGAGUGAUCUUUAGUAGUUUGUAUCUUUCAAAGAAUUUAUCUAUUUUUCUAUUUCAUUUAAGUUAUCAAAUUUAUUGGCACAAA